UCUGGUUGCGGCUGCGCGGCCCUCCCCACGUGCUCUGCAGCGCAUGCGUAUGUCUCGCGCUUGCGCACUGCCAGCCGCGGCGCCCUGCUGCUUGGUGUGCCGGACUCUGGACCGAGCGGCCAUGGGGUGGCGGGCGGCUGGGUCACUGAGGGCCAGGUAGCAGUAGGGCGGCAGGGACCGCUGGCUCGGCCCAGCAUGUAGACGUCCACGCGGGUGCGCGGCAGCCGACGGCAUCAGUGUUUUUCUCAUAUCAACUAUGGAAAUGGAACCAGGAAAGAUGAAUGUGAGUAAGGAAUUGAGCCCUGAUUCAGCCUCAUACCACUGCUCAGCGUGUCAUGGGGAUGAGACCUGGAGCUACAAUCAUCCCAUCAGGGGCCGGGCCAAGUCUCGGAGCUUAUCAGCUUCACCUGCCCUGGGCAGCACCAAGGAGUUCAGGAGGACCCGCUCUCUCCAUGGACCGUGCCCAGUGACCACAUUUGGACCAAAGGCCUGCGUGCUACAGAACCCCCAGACCAUCAUGCACAUCCAGGACCCUGCAAGCCAGCGGCUGACAUGGAACAAGUCUCCCAAGAGUGUGCUUGUCAUCAAAAAGAUCCGAGAUGCCAGCCUGCUGCAGCCCUUCAAAGAGCUCUGCAUAUACCUCAUGGAGGAGAACAACAUGAUCGUGUAUGUGGAAAAGAAAGUGCUGGAAGACCCUGCUAUAGUGAGUGAUGAAAACUUUGGACCAGUGAAGAAGAAGUUCUGCACUUUCCGUGAAGAUUAUGAUGACAUUUCCAACCAGAUAGACUUCAUCAUAUGUCUUGGAGGAGAUGGUACCCUGCUCUAUGCCUCCUCACUUUUCCAGGGCAGUGUGCCUCCUGUCAUGGCCUUCCACCUUGGCUCCCUGGGCUUUCUGACCCCGUUCAACUUUGAGAACUUCCAAUCCCAAGUGAAUCAGGUGAUAGAGGGGAAUGCUGCUGUUAUCCUGAGGAGCCGGCUGAAGGUCAGGGUGGUGAAAGAGCUCAGAGACAAGAAGAUAGCCAUCCAUAAUGGCCUCAGUGAGAACGGCCUGGACACAGAGGGCGGAAAGCAGGCCAUGCAGUACCAGGUCUUGAAUGAAGUGGUGAUAGACAGAGGCCCCUCCUCAUACCUGUCGAAUGUAGAUGUCUACCUGGAUGGACACCUUAUCACCACUGUGCAGGGCGAUGGAGUGAUCGUGUCCACCCCGACGGGCAGCACAGCAUAUGCAGCUGCAGCCGGGGCUUCCAUGGUCCACCCCAACGUGCCGGCCAUCAUGGUUACACCCAUCUGCCCCCACUCGCUGUCAUUCCGGCCCAUCGUGGUCCCUGCAGGGGUCGAGCUGAAGAUUAUGCUGUCACCGGAAGCCAGGAACACUGCAUGGGUGUCUUUUGAUGGACGGAAGAGGCAGGAAAUACGCCAUGGAGACAGGUGUGGGGCUGCAGUGCUGGAACAUGGGCUGACCUUGUCUUCUGUCAUGUGCAUCAGCAUUACCACCUCCUGCUACCCGCUGCCCUCUAUCUGUGUGUCUGACCCUGUGAGUGACUGGUUUGAGAGCCUUGCCCAGUGUCUGCACUGGAAUGUUCGAAAGAAGCAAGCUCACUUCCCAGAGGAUGAGGAUGAGGACCAGGAUGAGGAGGACAGCUAGACCUCAUUUCCCAGCCUCCAGCCUGAGCCCUCCAGCCCUUGGGGGCCUUCCUUCUCUUGCUCUCCUGCUGGCCUUCUGGCUGACCUGGCCUUGACAAACCACAUGGCUAUCCAGGCAUCUGUGCCUGCCUGCCUUGCUGGGAGAGCUUGGGUCUGCCUUUUGAAGAACAGAUCAGCUUUUUAAUGUUUUUAAACCUCUUUUUCAUUUCUAAAGAAGCAAAAUGAGAACUGGGCUGGGUGUCCUACAUCUCUCCCAUGGGCCCCCUGAGAUCCCAGUCAGGAAUUCCCAUAAAUCAGUCUGUUGCAAUUCCGAGGGGGUCAGAAUGAAUUGAUCUUCCCUUUGAUACUGAAAUAAAUGUCUCAGCCAGAACUCCUCCGUUAGCUGCAGUGCUUCUCCCCAGGUCCUGUACCUCCCUCUGCAACUCUCGGGGUCACCUGGCAGCCUUGCUAGGGGUUGGCAAGGCGUGUGAUGGCCAGGUGUCUCUGAGUCUGGCCCAAGGUCUCUGACUCCUUCCAGAGCAGACAGAGGCAACACCUUGCACAGCCAUCAAGCAGCGUCACAUUCCUCAUGUAGCAGGGCAGCAGCUCCUGAGACAUUUUAAGUCCUGUGUACACUUUUUAGAGGUUAUUUUAAACUUUCUGAAGUGAUUAUGUACAUAUUUUCUUGUACACGCUUUGUGAAGAUUUAGAGGGACUGCCUGUUGUCCAGUGUUUACAUUGUGUCCAGGACAGGGCUCUGUGUUUCCACUCUUCCCUUUCACAGUGGCCACAAGGGUUUUGAGACCAACUCACUAUUGACAUCAGGCUUGUGAGCCUGCCCUCCUCCUUCCACAAGAGUCUUAGGUUUGCAUCUGAGCAGCAGCCAUUUGGAGCCCUGUGUGCAGCGCGUGUGUGUAACCCAACUAACACACGUGGGUGCCACACAGGCCCUGGAGCCUUUGUGGAGUCAGUGGUCAGCCGAGGUGCCUCAGUUAGGAAUCUGCUUUCAGUUUUGUCUUCACCUCUUAUGGCAGCAGUAGGAAGGGAGGACCGCCCAUUCUGGCUUCCAGGGUAAAGUCAGGUUUCUGUCUCAUGCUGCUGAAAAGGGUUUGCCAGCUUCUGUAGAGCUGACCGCACUGAGCUUUCUUCAACCCGUUAAAGUCAGGACCCACAGGGCCCUUGUUGACACAACUCAGCAAUGGAGCCCUAAGUUGUCUGGCUUCAGUGCUGUUAGGCUAUGGUAGCUUGUCCCCAAGAUCUGUGCUGUUCAUCUGUGAUUGUGAGCACAGUAGGCCUCUGCUGUGAUCCAGAGGAGAGCAGGGUCUGGAGUGCGGGUCACGCAUCUAAAAAGCAAGUGUUGACAAGCCUAGAAACAGCUGCUACCAGACUGAUCUAGAACACAUGGAGUUUUCACGUAAAUUCUUAAUGUUUCAUAUUAAUAUCUUAAAAUUUGUUAAUUGUUAAUGAAGGCCUUAUUACUAUUUUCAGAUUCUUUCAAUAAAUAAACUUGUUUAAAAAAAAA